AUGUCAGCAGAAAGCGCUGUUGAGAAGCCGCUACCACUACCAUCGGCGCCUGUCAUCAACGUCUCGCCUUUGGUCGUAAUCCAGCCGCCGUUAUCAAGGAUAGGUAAGGGCCCGGCACUUAUCAUCCUGAUCUAUCAAGAAUCUGCAUCAAAACCAACCGCAGAUAGCAUCGAUCCACCACCGCUGCAGAAAUGGGCCGAGGAGAGUUUUGUCGUCGCUCGAAUAGAUCUGAGCAAGCUUCCAACCAAGGACUUUGAGGCCACCUUAUCAAACACCAUCGAUGCAGUCAAGCAGCUUCCAGAAUAUGAUGGUAAUCAGAAGAUCGGAUUGAUCGCAUACCUUUCUGCGUGUUCUCCUGAGAUCGUCAUGUCAUUAGAAACAUCUAAAGACAUAGCCUCCAUAGUAGUCUAUGGGUCUUCGGAGAUAGAAACGACAAAGCCGACACUCUUUCACAAGCCUGGCAACCCACCGAUGCCAAUUCGGAAGGAUUUGGAGAAGAAGGAUAAGACCUACUACUAUCCCAAAGUGGAGCCACUCUUUGUGCUUCCAUCGCACAAGUCUUUCCAUGCUUCUUCAGCCUCCGUCUCGCAUUCCCGUACACUCAGCUUCUUGAAACCAAUCCUAGGAGGCCCUUGGUUCGACCUUGAAGAGAUCUGGGAAGAGCAUACCUUGUACGAGUUUGGCGAACGGGCAGUCGAGAAGACCAUGUCCACUAUGGUACAAGAGCCUUACGUUAACCACAUUCCCACCAUCACUGGUGGUAUUGGCCGAGAAAGGUUGACCUCGUUCUACCGCAAUCACUUCAUCUUCAACAACCCUGAGGAUACCGCUCUGGAGUUAAUCAGUCGGACUGUAGGCAUCGAUCGAGUUAUCGAUGAAUUUGUCUUCAGUUUCACCCAUGAUAGGCAAAUUGACUGGUUAUUGCCAGGAAUACCACCCACGGGCAAACACUGCCGCCUGCCAUUUACCAGUGUCGUGAACAUCCGAGGGGACCGCUUGUACCACGAACACAUUGCCUGGGACCAAGCCACUGCUCUGGUACAGCUGGGGCUACUCCCGGAGCAUCUUCCAUUUCCAUACCCGAUCGAAGGUAAGGUCGCUGCAGCGGGGAAACACUUUGAAUAUAGAGUUCCUGCAGCCGGCGUGGAAACUGCUGAAAAGCUGGCUGAUGAAUCUUCUGUGGAGUCUAACAAAAUGUUCAACUUUGCUGUUCGAGAGGCUGAUGACUAG